UUCAUUUGUUCUUAUUCCUAAUAUUUUAACGUGUUAGAAAUUUUUGUUAGGAUCAAAAAAUGGAUGAAGAAUACGAUAUCAUAGUUCUCGGAACAGGCCUGAAAGAAUGCAUUCUCAGCGGACUUCUCUCCGUCGAUGGCCUCAAAGUACUUCAUAUGGAUAAAAACGACUAUUAUGGAGGCGAAUCAAGUUCCCUCAUGCUAAAUCAGCUUUGGAAGCGUUUUAAAGGAGAUGAAAACCCUCCAGAAAGUUUGGGCAGUAGCAAGGAGUAUAAUGUAGAUAUGAUUCCAAAGUUUAUGAUGGCAAAUGGGAUUUUGGUCCGUGCUUUGAUCCACACCGACGUUACAAAGUAUCUAAAUUUCAAAGCUGUAGAUGGUAGCUUCGUAUACAACAGUGGGAAGAUCUAUAAAGUUCCCGCAACUGAUGUUGAGGCGCUGAAAUCUACACUUAUGGGUCUUUUUGAAAAGAGGCGGGCACGGAAGUUCUUUAUAUAUGUUCAAGAUUUUGACGAAAGCGAUCCUAAGUCUCAUGAAGGCUUAGAUUUGAACACAAUUCCGGCAAAAGAGCUCAUUGGUAAAUAUGGUCUUGAAGAUGAUACAAUUGACUUUAUUGGUCAUGCACUGGCACUCUAUACUAGCGAUAGCUAUUUGGAACAGCCAGCAAUAGAUUUCGUGAAGAGAAUCAAGCUCUAUGCAGAGUCUAUAGCACGCUUUGAAGCAGGAUCCCCAUACAUUUAUCCUAUGUAUGGGCUUGGAGAGUUGCCACAGGCAUUUGCUCGAUUAAGUGCAGUUUAUGGGGGGACUUACAUGCUCAACAAGCCAGAAUGUAAGGUAGAAUUUGAUGAAAGUGGGAAAGCUAUUGGUGUAACCUCUGAUGGAGAAACUGCUAAAUGUAAAAAAGUUGUAUGUGAUCCAUCAUAUGUGCCUGAUAAGGUUCAAAAAGUUGGAAAAGUUGCUCGAGCCAUAUGUAUAAUGAGUCAUCCCAUUCCAGAUACCAAUGAUUGUCACUCGGCCCAAGUCAUUAUAUCGCAGAAGCAACUUAACCGCAAAUCAGACAUGUAUCUAUUUUGUUGUUCUUAUUCACAUAGCGUGGCUCCACAAGGCAAGUUUAUUUCUUUUGUCACAACAGAAGCAGAAACCGAUGAUCCUGAAAGUGAACUAAAGCCUGGAGUAGAUCUUUUGGGACCAGUGGAUGAGAUCUUCUAUGAAACUUAUGACAGAUUUGAGCCAACAAACGAUGGCGAGGCUGAUAGCUGCUUCAUAUCAACUAGUUAUGAUGCGACGACACACUUUGAGACGACAAUGAAAGAUGUUCUCGCCAUGUACACCAAAAUAACUGGAAAGGAACUUGACCUUUCUGUGGACUUGAACGCUGCUAGUGCGAGUGGUAGCGGUGACGGUGGCGGUGAAGAAUGAGUUCUAUACAUGCCGUCAAAAUAUUCUUAUCUUUUCUUAUAUUUAACAUGACUUGACGAUCUACACAUUAUACUAUUGUACCAACUUCGUAUUAUCACGGAAAAAUAAUGAUUUUGUAUCUUUUGUAGU